AUGUAUUCCAUAGAGGGGUUAUUGUCUUUGAGAGCUUCCACUUGGCAAUCUCCAAGGAAGGGCUGGUGGAAUUUAGCUGGCACACGCCCAAAAUUACUCCCUUUUGCAAUUGAUCACUUGGUAAUGGAGACUGAGCAAUCCAACCAAGAAAAUCCAGACAAUAUGAACACAGAAGAGCAAGGAUCUAGCCAAGUUAGAUCCUACGAGUGUAACUUUUGCAAGAGAGGCUUCUCUAAUGCACAAGCCCUAGGAGGGCAUAUGAAUAUUCAUCGUAAAGACAAAGCCAAGCUCAAACACCCCUCAUCAAAUGACCUUCAACAAUCUCCGGACAUCCCAAAGAUUCUUUCUUCUUCGUUUAGUUCCCCAAUUCCCACAAGCAUGAUACACCCAUUAAUGCAACCAAAGUCUGGCCAAGAUGCAAGCUCAAUCAAGUCGCCUUUUCUUGAUAAAGAAAGUGAUGAUGCUUCCAAAAGGAAUGGAGAAAUCCAGCAAUUACUUUCCUUGUUUGUUGACAAACCAUCUACUAAAGAUCAUCAUCAACAACAACCUAACAGUGGUCAAGUUCGUAGCAGCACCGAAAAGGGUUUUUCGACAAGCCAGGGCUUGUUAAGUUCAGAGGUAGACCUUGAACUUAGACUGGGUCCUGAGCCUCAAGACUCAUUGCCGGCAACGAGUACAAAAAGGUUCUUUUGAAUUUGCAUAUUGUAUAAUUACAUCGAUCAUUUCUGCACUUUUCAUUGUUGCUAAUUAUUUUGAAUGCAUUAUGUACCUAUAUUUCAUUCAGAAAUAUGUUAUAGAAUAUGCAAAUUCAGAAGAACCUUCCUUAAUUAAUUUUAGGGGUUUGAUCUUUAUUAUGAAUCUUUCUUGUUUCAAAAUUUGGAUUUUUAUUCAUUUUUAUGGUUUUAAUUACUUGUUAACUUAUGUCUUAAUGGUGGAGAGACAACAUUGUUUUGGGCAAGGUUGUUGUUAAUUUUAGGUUUAUGUGGAACAAUAUGCUAUUUAUGGAAGAAGGCCGUGCUGUACACAGAACUUUAGAACUGGCUAGGCAAUGUGUGUGAGAAAGUGUAUGUAUAACCCAGAUUUUUUAGUUUGAAAUUAGUGUUCAUAUAUAUAUAUAUAUAUGUAUAUGGAUGCUACUGAAAGCACGUUAACCCUAGAUUGUUGUGAACUCCUAAAGCUCUUAUAUUUCUUCUGGUGUAGCUGUGCUUGUUUUGUCUUUCUUCUUUCUAAACAAGUAAAAUCGGAGAUCUUAAUUUAUUAUUUUUCGUAUCGAAAAUGUUUUGACUUAUCUAAUUUUGAAAUC